AUGGAAGGAUUUGAUGAGAUGAAGAUGAAGCAGCUGCAGCUGCUCAAAGAAAAAAUGAUGAAAAACGCAAAAGCACAAAAGUCAGAAGAAAUAAAAAAAAGUGUUGAAAGUGUUUCAAACAUAUUAAACGUUUCCAAUAUUUCUAAUGUUUCGAAUGUUUCAAAUGUUAGAUCUGUUGAUUCAAAAGAUAUUAGAUUUAGUGUUAAAUCAGGAAAGAAAAUAUUUUUGGAUACAUCUUUUCAAAAUAAAAAAUUGAUGGUACAUCCAAAAAAUGGAAGAAAUAUUUUCCAGACAUCAAAAAAUACAAGCUUUGUUUCUAAGAAUAAAAAUAGUUUGUUAAAACUAACAACUGAAGAAGAAUUAUUUGAUACACCUUUAUCGUUUGAAGAAGUUAUGAGAAGAAAAAAUGAAAAGAAAAAAAUGGAACUACAAAAAAAUAAUCAAACUAAUAUGAGUGAAGACUUUAUUAAUAAUAAACAAGGAAGUAUAAGUCAAAACGCACCUAAUAUAAGCAAUUCACAUUUGUUUAAAAUUGAAUGUGAUAAUUUGAAUAUAUCACAAGAUAAUCAAAAUGGUAAUGCAAUUAAUAAUAACAAUAUAUAUAAUGAUAACAAUAUAUAUAAUGAUAACAAUAUAUAUAAUGAUAGCAAUAUAUAUAAUGAUCACAACACACAUAUUAAUAAUUUACAAAAUAAUUCUCUUAUAAACGAUAACCUACCUCAAAAUAAUAAUUCUUCAUAUAAUGUAGAUACAAUAAAAAAUACAAACUCACUAAAUAUAAAUUCAUUUAAAAAUUUUUUUACUCAAAAUAUAUCUUCAAAUAAAGAAAAAAAUUGUAAUGUUGGUAUGUUGAAUUUAACCUUUCCAUUUAAUAAUUCUUCCAAAGAUGAAAAGAUACAAACAACUAAAUCGGUAAAUGGUACUGUAUUUGAUAAUACAAAUAUUGUUAAAAAUGACGAUAAUAAUAAUAAUAAAAAUGACGAUGAUAAUAAUAAUAAUAAUGAUGAUGAUAAUAAUAAUAAUAAUGAUGAUGAUAAUAAUAAUAAUAAUAAUAAUAAGAGCAAUUUAUUGAAUAAAAGCUGCUUUUUUAAUAAGGAUAGCAUUUUUGGUACGGCCUUAUUAAAAAAUAAUUCUAUUUUUUCGACUGAUGAGAAAUAUAAUAAUAAGGAUAAAGAAAAUAAUAUAAAUGGUACGAAUAUCUUUAGCACAAACAAUUUUAUGACAAGCGAAAAAAUAAUAUCUAAUAAAUUAAAUAAUACAAUAAUAAAUAAUAAUAAUAAUAAUAAAACACAAAAUAAUGGUAUGUCACAAAAUAUUUUUACAAGUAAUCAUAAUGUUGAUCAAGAGCAUAAUAAUAUGAUGAAGUCGUUAAAAGAUACAAGUGCAGGAAUUCAAAAAGUGAAUGUGGAUAAUAUAUGCAUUCCAAAUAAGGGUCCAACAAAUGUUAAUAAUGUGAAUAAUGUAAACAGUGUAAAUAAUGUAAAUAAUGUAAAUAAUGUAAAUAAUGUAAAUAAUGUAAAUAAUGCGAACAAUAAUAAUAAUUUUAAUAAUAAUAUAUUUAAUAAUUCUGCUGUUAAUAAUGGGGGCAUUUUUUCGAGCGGAAAAAAUUUAUUCGGUAUUCCUAUUGCAAGAACAACAAAUAAUUUAUUUUUACAAAAUAUAGAAAGUAACAUUAUAAAUACAAAUAAAAUGAACAAUAAUAAUAAUAAUAAUAAUAAUCUUAUGUUUAACAAAACAAUAGAUAGUAGUAUUAAUAUAUUUGGUAAGCCAUGUAUAACAAAUAAUAUUUUUAAUAAUACCCUUGGAAAUAACCAUAUAAAUAAAAAUAACAAUACUUUGUUCAAUAAUAUUAAUAGUAACAAUAAUAUGAAUAAUAUUAUUGCUAAUAAUUCCUUCAAUACAUUAAUAACAAACAAUACUCUUAAAAAUGAAGACAACAAAAUAAUAGUAAGUAAUAUGAAUCAUAUAGAAAAUAUAGUUCAAUUUAAUAAAUCUUCAGAAAAUCAUGAUAAUAAUUUAAAUAUAUCAUAUAGAUCUGUCGAAAAUAAAGAAAGUACUAUGACUAUUAAGGAUAAUAAUAAUGUGUUGAGUUUUUAUAAUUUUAAAGCAAAUAAAUUAACAAAUUUAACAAACCACAAUAAUAAUGAUAAUAAUGAUGAUAAUAAUAAUAAUGAUAAUAAUAAUAAUAAUGACAAUAAUGAUAAUAAUAAUAAUUAUUAUAAUAAUAAUAAUUAUAAUAAUAACAAUAAGGACAAUAUUGUUGUAGAAGAUCAUCUUAAGAGUAAUUCAGAAGGUGUACAAGGACAAAACAUGAAUGACAAAAAUAACGAAAUGGUUUAUAAUAAACAAAACACCAAUAUUAUUAUUAAUACAAAUAAUAAUGAUAAUAUGAAUAAAGAAAUAAUUACCACCAUGGAAAGUCCUAGCGAAAACAAUACCAUAUGUAGAGGGGAAGACCAGAUUAAACCACAAAUAAAUGUAAGUACUAUGGAUGAGGUUGAAAAAUCUGGAAAGGAAGACACGCAACAUGUAAUAAAUAAUAAUAUAAAUGAAAGUAAGGAACCAAAAAAUAUAAAAAAAACUUUUACUAGCUAUUUUAAUAGUUUCAUCCCAUCUAUAUUUACAAGUGAAAAUAAAAAAGAACCCAAGGAUCAACAAAAUGGUAAUACUGAUGAUAAGGAUAAUAAGGAUGAUAAGGAUGAUAAGGAUAAUAAGGAUGAUAAGGAUAAUAAUGAUAAUAAUGAUAAUACUGAUAAUAAUCAAAAUAAUCAAAAUAAUCAAAAUAAUUAUAAUAAUAAUGAUGAUGGUAACAAAAGUCAAGAUAGAACCGGUGAUAUUAUAACAAAUGGUGAUAAUCUAACAAAUAAUCCUAGCAUGUUUAAGACGAAUGAAAUUGUAGAAAACAUACCAAAUAAUAAUAAUAAUGAUAGUAGUAGUAAUAAUAAAGAAGAAGAAUGUUUAAAUAAUAAAAACCGAGUGUACAAGAAUACUAUUAAACAAGAUGGUGAUAAUAGAAAUGUGUGGAAUAAUUCUCAAAAUAAUAAUAAUUUCCUUUUUAAUAAUUUAUCAGGAAACCAUCCAAAUAAUGAUAAUAUACUUAGUUCUAAGGAAGUUACACCAUUUUUGGGUUCUAGUGAAAAAAAUAAAAAUGAACCCAUUAUUGAAUUGAUGACACCAAAUAAAAUAAAUGAAAAUUCAAAUACCUUUUUAAUUAAUAAAAAUUUAAAUAAUACAAAUAUAUUGUCGAAAGGAGAAGAAAUAGAAAAUAAUGGGAAUGGUGAAAUAAAUUUAUUUAAUAGGAUUCCAAAAAAUGGGGUUUUUAAUUUAAGUUCUGAAAAUUAUGAGAACAAGGAAGAGUUUGAUAAAUUCAAUAAAAUAUAUACAAAUAUAAAUUGUAUAAAUAAAAAUAUAAAUUUUAUAAAUACGUAUGUACCAUCCAAUGUUGUAAAUAUAAAUAAUUUCAUAGAAGAUCACAACAGUUGUGCUAAUACAUAUGAUGCCUUAUCAAAAACAAAUGAUGUCUUUUUGAACAAAAUGAAAAGUGACAAUAAUAAUAAUAAUAAUAAUAUUAUAGAAACAAAUGAAGAGUUACAACUCAUGAUGAGAGAUUUAAACAAGGAAGUUACACACAAAAAUUCAAAUUGUAAUAUAGAAAAUAAUCAUAGUAAUAAUAAUAUAUAUGAUAAGAAUACUUUAAAUCAUAAGGAGUCAUUUAACUUUACAGGGAUAAAUAAUAAUGGAAUAAAUAUAUGUAGUAAUAAUAAUAAUAAUAAUAAUAAUAUGUAUAUAAAUAAUAAUACUUCUACAAGUAAUAAUAUUUCUCUUGGUAUCAACAAUAGUAACAACUCUUUAUUAAAAUAUGACUCUUUAAAAAAAAGUGGUAUGAAUAUAAAUAUGUUAAGUUGUGAUGAGAAACUCAAGUUGUUAAAUGAAACAGCUAAAGAAAUUACUAUAAAUGAGGAAUCUGAUUUUAAUGGAAUAAUACCUGACCAUGUUCAGAAAAUUAUUGAGAGAAGAGAAUAUUUUAAAAAUUUAAAUCAGUCACCAAGAACAGAAGAAAAAAAAAUAGGAACAAAAAAAAUGAAACCUUUUGUACCUUUAGAAUACAGAGAAUCAUUUAGAAAUACAUUUUAUAAAAAUGAAAAUAAUAAAAAUAAUAUUUUUUCUAUACAGAACUUGGGUGCUAUGGAUAUUAUAAAAAAAAACUCAUCAAGGUCGAAUAAUAAUCAAAAUAUAAAUAAUAAUAUGAAUAGUAUGAAUAAUAUGAAUAAUAUGAAUAAUAAUAAUAAUAAUAUAAACAUUGGACAGAAUAAACUUAAGAAUGAUGUUUUCGCACCUCAUGAUGAAAACAUUUUAAACAAUAAUCAUAAACAACCAAAUAUGUACAGUAACUCAAAUAACAGUGCAAGUGCUUCCUCUACAUAUUUUAAUCAAGAUGCUUACAUAUUUAAAGAUAACAAAAUAAACAAAAACGUUCUAAAUUCCCAUGAUGAUGAUAAUAAGAAUGGAAAUGAUCAUAUGAUAAAUAAUUUUGUAAACGAUGAACAGAACAGAGGAAACUAUAUAUUAAAAAUUGAAAAAGAAAUAAACAACGAAGCAAAUUUUAUAUCGAAUAUAUAUAAUAAUUUAGAUAAAAAUAAUUUUAUAUAUAAUUAUGACAGUGGACCUAAAGAUUUUUCAUUUGACAAUAAUAAUAAUAAUAAUGAUGUUUAUAAUAAUAAUAAUAAUAAUGAUGUUUAUAAUAAUAAUAAUGAUGUUUAUAAUAAUAAUAAUAAUAAUGUUUAUAAUAAUAAUAAUAAUGAUGUUUAUAAUAAUAAUAAUGAUAUUUAUAAUAAUAAUGAUUUUCUUUAUAAUAAUAAAAAAAAAAAAAAAAAUUCUUUUAAUAAUACUAGUGAUCAUGAUAUGAAUUCCUUAAGCUAUCAUGAAAAUGAUGACAUAUGUUCAUCGUAUACACAAAAGAAAAGAAAAGUUUUACCAAACAAUGACAAUAUUGAAGAAGAUAAUUUCUCACAAGAUAAUGAACCUUCAGAUAUAUCAUCAAAAGAUAAUAGAUGUGUACAUAUGAAUAAUUAUGUUAAACAAAUAAGAAACUCCAGAUCUUUAUCUGAUAUCUCUCUAAAUUUAACAAAAUAUACAUUAGAAAGUGAAAAAAUAUUAUGUGAUAUUAUAAAUGACAAUUUUAAUAUGACCAUAAAAGUUUCAUCGUUGAAUGAUCUGCCUUAUUUCUUUGACGAAGAAAAGAUACAAUAA